AUGUCCCCAACUCAUUUCAUCUCAAUUCCUGUUGCAUCUCCUGGAAUCACUGAAAACUUGAGAAAGUUUCAGGACCUUUGUGGUGAAAAGAUACACCCUCACAAAGUCCAGUAUCCGUCCAAACUCCAUCUAACUAUUGGGGUGCUUAAAUUAUUCUCAGACGAGGAAGUACAACAGGCUUGUAACUGUUUGUCAGAAUUCUCUGCCAAAAUACCACCUAUCCUUUGUGAGCAGCCUCUUCACGGCACUCUGAAAAACCUCCGGGUAAUGCGUGGUGACAAUCAGUUUGUCAAGGUGAUGUACAGCGAGUUUAUACUCUCAGAUGAUUCCGACAGAUUACAAAAUCUAGCUGACAAGUGUUUGGAAUUCUUUGUUGAAAGAGGUUUUAUGGAGUAUCAGUACAAUACCACAGCUGUAAAGUUACACUGUACCCUCAUAAACACUCGUUGGAAUAACGCCGGUCCAAGGACAAUAAAUGCUUCAGAGAUAUUAUCUGACGAGUUUGAGCUUCAAAUCUUUGGUAAUUGUGUUCUUGAUAGAAUAGAUCUGAAUGAAAUGAGAGCUGAUAAAAGCUUUGUUGCAGAAAAUGAUAAACGAUAUCUUAACGUGUCUUGUGUUUCAUUUAAAUAA